UAUUAACUGACUGAGCUCACCUCCUCUUCCUACUUACUUCUCCAAAAACAAAUACAACAAAAAUGGUCAACCUUGAAGAGCCAUUUUCAAAAUUCAUCAUACAGUAAAUCCAUCCCCCACGAGACAACAAACAUAGCAUAAUAUAACUCCACUCUUUUUCUCUCAAUCCACAUAGCUGAAUCCUUUAUUGAGUCUCAGCUCUUCUUCUUUCUAUCAGUCAUGACAGAGGAUGAAACCAGCAAUAAUUCCAAUUCUCCUUCUCAACCUCUUCUCUCUAAACCUCCUUACUCCAUGGAUGAACCACCACUCUUAUCAUCGUCAACACCUGAUACUGAAAUAAUCGAAUCUGAUGAAAAUCAGUACCCAAUUAUCACUUUCAAUUAUGAUUCUAGAACAUAUCAAGACCUCCCCUUUUCAAUUCUAUUUUUUCUCUUCCUUCUCUCUACUUUCGCGUUUGGUAUCUUCUCUAUCUUCCAUCGAAACCCUAAUUCUUCUUCUUCCGAUCUCUCUUCUUUCACUUACAAUUUCAACACUUCUUCUUGUGUCAAGAUCAAAUCACCACCACCCUCAGCAUCAUCCUUCGUUACUGUACUCGACGAUUUCAAAUUCAAUCAAAUUAGUUUAGUGGGGUUGGGAUUUGGAUCGUUAUCAUCUUCGCAUGUGUUGAAAGAUUUGAUUUUGACACUUAUAACUACACUUGUUCUAAGUGGACCAUUUGCAUUAGGACUUCUUUGGUUAUUGAGGCAUUACACCAAGCAGAUUAUCUACUCUUCCAUUCCUUUCUUCGUUGCAAUUCCUAUUUUCUUCAAUGUAUAUUGGUUUGUAGCUUGCACUGUUAACUCUAAAUGCAGUGAUGCGUUCCCGUUGGUGUAUCGGAUACUAGCGCUUUUAUUUGUUUUCGUGAUAAUAGGAGUGAUUGUGUGGAUUAUUGUAGUGAAUUGGCAUCGUAUCGAAUUGACUGUAAGGAUCGUUGGGGUUGCUUCUGAUGCACUUGCUAGGAAUUUGGGAUUGUUUGCAGUGGUACCAUGUUUGACUAUUGGACUUGUAAUUUAUUACGUACCUAUUGUUGUGUUUUUAGUGUUUUCUUCGAAAAAUGGCAAGAUUUUGCCUCAUGUGGAUAAUGAGGGGAGCUAUACUUGUGUUUGGAAACAAGAUAGCUGGGUUCCUGCGUACUAUGCGUUGGCCAUUUUAACUAUGCUAUGGUCUGCAGCUGUUAUGGUAGAAGCUCAGAUUUUUUUGAUUAGCGGGACUAUUGCUCAAUGGUAUUUCUCUAACGAGGAGUCUAUGCCCAUGAGAAGUAUAAGAUUCUCUCUCAGAAAUGCAUUUGGUCCCUCGUUUGGUACAGUAUGCUUCUCUGGCUUACUGAUUGCUGCCGUUCGCAUUGUGCGAGCUGCUGUAGAUAGUGCAAGACGAGAAGAUGCUCUUCCUGGGAUCGUGAACCUUGCACUUCGCUGUUGUGUUAAUGCCCUGUUGUCAGCGGUUGAUUUCCUUAACAAAUUCACUAUCAACUUUGCAGCUAUAACUGGUGAAGCUUACUGUUCUUCUGCUAAGAUGACAUAUGAGCUUCUGAAGCGUAAUCUUCUCUCUGCUGUUUUUGUGGAGACUGUAUCUACUCGUAUUCUGGCUGGGACUAUUUUUGUUCUGUCGGCAAUAUAUGCAAUCAUGGUCUGUGCUAUCUUAAAGGCGAUGAGCGAUCUUGAAGUGGAAGUGUACUUUGUUGCUGUGAUUGCUGGGCUGUUGCUGAUCGGGGUGCUUGGGUUCUUUGUUCAUGUUCUUGACAAUGUGAUCGAGACUGUAUAUGUGUGCUUUGCAAUAGACAGGGACAAGGGAGAGGUAUUUAAACAAGAGGUCCAUGAUGUGUAUGUACACCUUCCCAUUAGCAGGAACCAUACCAGAACUCCUUUGAUUGUAUAAUUUUAGCUUCUUCUUUUCUUCAAGUUUAUGGGUCUAAUUUAAUUUCUAUUGGUUUGAUGUGAAUAAUGUUUAGGUGGGUCUUUUUCUUUUUGUGUGUUGUGAUGUUUUAAUUUCAUUUGUAUCAUCAAGGAAUAAAAAACUUCUUCUUUGCAUGGGGAAGAGAGGGAUCUUUGUUGUUCGCAUAAAAAUGAGAAUUUAGUUGAAUACCUUGUUUAACUAAUGAAAUAAUGAAUAGUAACCUUCUUGGCCUUCUUACUUUAUU